AAGAAUCGAUUCGUUUGUUUACAAUACAUAGCCAAGUAGACGACAGUAGUUGCGAUACAUGUGAAGUCUGUCAAGGACUUGUAUCGAAGUGGAUUAUUUUUCGCAGUUAUGGAAAACCCAGCUGUUACUCUUUUUCGCCAAUAUCUACGCCUUAAAACAGUUCAACCUGAACCAGACUAUGAGGCAGCUAUUGUAUUCCUGAAAAAAAUCAUUGAAGAAAUUGGGCUUGAGCACAAAACUAUUGCACCUGAUGCCAAGAGACCCAUAUUAAUAGCUACUUGGAAAGGCCUUGAACCAUCUUUGCCUACCAUCUUGCUCAAUUCUCAUACUGAUGUGGUUCCGGUUUAUGCUGAUCAUUGGAAGUAUGAUCCUUUUGAAGCUGUCAAAGAGACUGAUGGUAAAAUCUAUGGUCGGGGUACUCAAGACAUGAAGUGUGUUACCAUUCAAUAUCUUGAAGCUAUAAGAAAUCUUAAAGCUCAAGGAAUAAAGCUGAAACGAACUAUACAUUUGACAUUUAUGCCUGAUGAAGAGGUUGGCGGAGUCCUUGGAAUGAAAGCCUUUUUGCUCUCGGAAGAAUGGAAAGAAUUGAAUGUUGGCUUUGCUCUCGACGAAGGUUUAGCUAAUCCUAUCGAUGAGUUUACCGUGUUUUUUGGAGAACGAAUGCCUUGGUGGGUUAAAGUAAGCUGUCCCGGCAAUCCGGGCCACGGGUCACGAUUCAUUGAAGGCACAGCGGCUGAGAAACUCCGAACUGUUAUCAAUCGCUUUUUAGACUUUCGCCAACAAGAAAAGAAUCGCUUGGAAGCUAAUCCUGAGUUAACACUCGGAGAUGUCACCAGUAUUAAUUUGACCAAAAUUGAGGGAGGAGUCCAAGUAAAUGUGGUACCUUCCGAACUGGUAGCAUACUUUGAUAUUCGCGUCACACCGCACGCUGAUUUGGAUGAAAUGCUCAAACAACUUUACGAAUGGUGCAAAGAAGCUGGAGAUGACGUACAAAUCGAUUUCAUACAGUACCUGAAAGAUCAGACAUUGACGUCUGUCGAACCUGGAAACAUUUGGUGGGAUGCGUUCUCGUCCGCUUGUGAAUCAAUGAAAAUGAAGAUUAAAUGUGAAAUUUUCCCGGCUGGAACAGACUGUAGAUUUCUGCGUGAAAUUGGUCUACCUGCGCUUGGAUUUUCUCCCAUUAAUCUCACACCUAUUUUAUUGCACGACCAUAACGAAUUUAUUGAAGAAAGCGUGUUUCUUCGAGGCAUUCCGAUUUAUGAAGCAAUAAUUCCGUCCUUGGGAAAUGCUUAACUUUGAUUUAUUUGGUAUGGGACCAUAGUUACAAUUAUUUGGUUAUCAAGAUUCUAGUCUUUUUGACUUAGCAGUCAACAAAUUUAUUAGAUAUUUUCCGGGUUAUUUCUUUAUUAUUGCUACACACACUCAGAAAAGAAUGCGCGUUUUUGUACACACACACAAAAUGAAUAUAAAGAAUUUUCUUUGCGGUA